AUGGGUCUUAUUUCGGAUGCCCGAAAGGCGAUGAAAGAUGCCCCCGAGGGCACCUUCAAUGCAUAUGUGCUGAUGUGCACCUGUGUGUUUGCUUUGUCGGGAGCGUCAAAAGGUUUUGACGAAGGAAAUAUCGCGUCUUUGGUUACUCAAGUCCGAUUCAAAAGCAAGUUCGGAGUCGAUACCCAGUCCGAAGAAGAAUAUUCCAAUACGAAAGGGUGGUUGGUAUCAAUCGCCACGGCAGGGGCAGUCUUUGGGUGCUUAGGGUGCUCCCCUGUCAACGAUAGACUCGGUCGAUUGUGGACCCUUCGCCUGGUUACUCUGGUCUAUAUCGCAGGUAUCCUCGGACAAGGUCUGUCGGAUGGUAACCUCUCCGGUCUGUAUGCAUCCCGGUUCAUCUCAGGACUGGGAAUCGGGCCACUGACGAUUGUGCCACCCAUCUACAUUGCUGAGAUCUCUCCCAAGGCUAUCCGUGGUCUUCUCACAUGUCUCUACGCGGCUUGUCAGCAGCUGGGUGUGGUGCUAGGUUUCUUCAUCAACUAUGGGGUCACUAGAAGCUAUCCAGGCGUUGACAAACAGUGGAUGUUGCCUACCCUGCUUCAAAUUGUUCCGGCCGUUAUCUGGUGCUCGGGGACCUUCUUGUGUCCGGAAUCACCUCGGUGGCUGCUAUACAAAGGGAAACGAGAACAAGCUAUCAUGACAGUCUCUCGAUUGCGCCACCUGCCAUGCGAUCAUUCAGUCGUCCUUGCCGAACUAGAUGGUAUGGACCGACAGAUCGAGCAUGAAAUCGAAGCCGUCAGCGACGCGCGUCUGUGGGAUCUCCUCAAAGAGACAUUUGUGCCCGUCGAGAAUCGUCGCCGCUUCUUCUUGAUCUUCUUGGCCACGCUUUUCUCCCAAUGGUCCGGCGCCAACGCCAUCACUCAAUACUCGCCUACCAUCUUUGGCUAUUUGGACAUCCAAGGCGACGAGGCCAAGUUCCUCGCAACGGGGAUCUACGGCGUUGUGAAAUUCGUCAGCACUUUGGCCUUCGCCCUGUUCGUCGUCGACUUCAUCGGCCGACGUCGGUCUUUAAUCACGGGGAUCUGUCUCCAACUGACGACGCUGAUCUUCGUUGGCGCCUACCUCGGCGUCACCGGCCACAUGACUCUGGACGAGAUUCAGGAUCGGCCCAGCGCCUCGCGUACCUCGACGGCUGCCAUCGUGGCCAUCUUUCUCCACGCCGUGGCAUGGAGUAUCGGCUGGUUCAGUAUCCCGUAUCUCAUCAGCUCCGAAGUCUUCCCGAUUCGCAUCCGCUCGCUCAAUGUUUCCAUCUCCAUGGCGUUCCACUGGGGGUUUUAUUUCGGAUGUUCGCGCGCCAUGCCGAGCCUCUUGUCGGCGACGCAUAAAUGGGGUGCCUUUGUGUUCUUCGGCAGUAUCUGUUUGAUAUCGCUGGUCUAUGUGGUCUUUGCUAUGCCGGAUACUACCGGCAGGUCGAUUGAGGAGCUGGAUAAGCUGUUCCAGCGACCUUGGUAUACGGUUUACAAGGUGGCGUACCCGACGAAGGAUGAGAUUCAAGUGAGCAGUGUUAAUGAGAAGACGAUCGCGGACGGAAAGGCCGAGUAUGUGGAGCGAGUGUGA